AUGUCCCAAUUUGCUGGUCUUUCUGAGGGAACGCUCGACGUUGCUUUUGCCUUGAUUGAGGCGUACAAGGAAGAUCCAUCGCCUUGCAAAUUUGAUCUCACUCCGGGGUUCUACCCUAUGGCCAAGCAAGCCUUGCUAAGCGAUCCAACCGCGGAUCACGAACAUUUGCCGAUCCUCGGCCAUGCUGGACUGCUCGAUAGUGCCCAAAGACUUGUAUUUGGUGCAACAGCCGAGGAGGUCAAGACCAUCGCUUCCAUCCAGACUAUUGCGGGCACCGGGGCAAAUCACCUCGGUGCCUUACUUUUGACCAAGUCUAGCUGCCCUCGGACAGUCUGGAUCUCGGACCCCACGUGGAUCAAUCAUCACGAAAUCUGGCGGUUACUAGACAGCGGCAUCAAGCGUCAGACAUACCCCUACUUCGAUAAUAAAUCAUUUACUAUCGAUUACAACGGGAUAAUAUCCACCCUCCAGCUGAAGGCCACAGAGGGUGACGUUGUGGUCUUGCACGGCUGCGCACAUAAUCCUACUGGGCACGACUUUACCAAGGAUCAGUGGAAGGCCAUUGCCAAUGUUUGGGAACAGAAAAAGCUUGUUCCUUUCUUUGAUCUGGCCUACCAGGACUUUGCCACCGGAGAUUUGGCUGAAGAUGUCUGGUCCGUACGGCAUUUCUUCCGCAACGCGUCGCUGGAAAUUUUAGUGGCGCAAUCAUUUCCCCAGAACUUUGGUCUGUAUGGCGAACGUGUCGGCGCGCUCCACGUUGUAUGCCGGACGGAGGUCACUAGAUUGAAGGUCCACAACAUGCUUACACGACUGUCUCGCGCUGAGAUAACAACAUCCCCUAUCAACGGCGCUAGAACUAUGGCAAAAGUACUCGGAGACAAAGACUUGAAACAGCAGUGGCAAAAUGAUCUGUUCCAUAUGAGUGACCGUAUGAGGUCAAUGCGAGAAAGAUUAGUGAAUGCACUUCAGAAGCGUCAAACACCAGGUUCGUGGGAUCACAUAUUGAUGGAUAUUGGAAUGUUCUCAAUGACAUGCUUGCAGCCAGGACAGAUCCGGGCACUGAAAGAAGAAUAUCAUGUAUAUCUUCUUCCUUUGGGAAGAAUAUCCACAACAGGCUGUUCGCUUUUCCACACUGUCAUUGUUGCUGCCAAACCCGAGUAA